AUGGCAACUAUUCCAGUCGGUGUGGAAAUCUAUAAUGCCAGCUCCUGUCCUGUUACUGCUCGCAUAUCGACUGCUGAAGAUAACACAAGCAGGAGUCCCACAGUUCCUCAACAACCGUCACCGCCGCGCGUAUUGUGGACAGGUGUAUGCGUGCAGCAGAUACCCUUGGCCGCGGGUCAAAUACAUCGUUUGACCCUCAUCGCACGUGUUGCUUGCCCUGGGGUCUAUGAAGUCAAUUCCCUUUGCCUUAAGGCUUCCAUUUCUCCCUCCGCCACAUCUCCACUGCCGCCACCAUCGCGUCCUCAUAGCAGUAGCAUUAGCGAUAAGAGGGGUGCCGUUCUACCCACCGGUCCCGUUGUCGCUAUCACUAGUCCGCCCGCACCGUUUGUUCGCCAGUUGUGCGAUUUCUCGUCCCUAGUGGUCGUGGUAGCUGCAGAGGCGUCCUAA